AUGUUGACUGGAAGAGCUACAGCCCUGAAUAGAUUUAUAAGCAGAAGCUCUGACAAGUGCAAACAUUUCUUCAGCUUAGUGAAAAAAGCCACAGACUUCUUGUGGACAAAAGAGUGCGAAACCGCCUUGUCCGACUUGAAGAAGUAUUUGACCACAACUCCAGUUCUCUCGAAUCCAAUACCUAGAGAGGAGGUAUUCUUAUACUUGGCAGUUUCAGAGCAUGCAGUGAGUGCAGUAAUAGUCAGAGAAGAAAAUGGAGAGCAAAUGGCGGUUUACUAUAAUCCUUCCUUAUUUUAUGCUUUCCAAUUAGAUAAUGAAGAGCAAAUAACGAAUAUGUUUUGGGCUGAUGCACAAAUGAUCAUGGAUUAUGCCCAAUUUGGUAAUGUUGUCACUUUUGAUACUACUUACAAGUUAAACAAAGAACAUAGACCCUUCGCGUCUUUUGUGGGAUUCAACCAUCAUAGGGAAACAGUUAUAUUUGGUGCAGCCUUGUUGUAUGAUGAGACCGCCGAAUCGUUUGUAUGGUUGUUUCAAAAUUUUCUAGAGGCUAUGUCAGGAAAGGCACCAAAAACGUUGUUCACUGAUCAAGAUGCUGCAAUGGCUAAAGCCAUACCCAUCGUUAUGCCUGACACAAGUCACCAUUUGUGUACUUGGCAUUUGAUGCAAAAUGCAUUAAAACAUGUUAAUUGUUUGUUCCAAGAUAAGAGGGUAAAGGGUGUACUAAAUAAGUUCUUCUUUGAUAUUGAAGAUGCAAAUCAAUGGAAGUUAGAGUGGGCGGAAAUGCUUGAUAAAUAUGAUGCGCAUGAAAACCAUUGGUUGAAAUUGACUUUCGCGGUGAAAGAAAAAUGGGGCUGGCCAUAUGUUAGAUCAACAUGGGCUGCGGGAACGAGUACCACACAACUUAGUGAAUCUUUUAAUGCUUUUUUGAAGGAUUACAUUUAUUCUGAUUUUAACUUAAAUGAAUUCUUCAUGCAUUUCGAAAGGGUACUUUACGAGAAGCGAUACAAGGAGUUAGAAGCAGGAUAUGCUUUGUGCCAAAGGUUGCCAAAGGUGAAAGCAACAAUAAGAAUGUUAAUUCAAAUGGGUAAUGUUUACACAAAAAAGAUAUUUGAGGAAUUUCAAAAUGAAUACUUUCGAUCCAUUGAAUUGGACAUAGAAGCAAUUGAAUAUGGCGAGGCUAGUACCAUUUACACAGUUGUUGAUGUUGGUAACAAACAUGCAAGGAAAGUGAAGAUGGAGAAGGAUGGGUCAUUAGGUUGUAAUUGUACAAAAUUUGAAAGGAAAGGAAUCUUGUGUUGUCACUCAUUAAAGGUUAUUAGAGACAUAUUGAAGAUGAAAGAGGUUCCUCCACAUAUUGAAGAUGCUGCAAUGACUGAAGAUGAAAAUGGCAUGCAAAGUGAAGUCAUACCAUCUCAAAUUGUGAAGCAAACUCAUGUUGGAUUGCUGCACAAAUUCUGA